AGAGAGCGGAAGGUCCACGCAAGUGCCCUCGUCUCUGUCUCAGAGGUGGGAUGCAGUGCCGCUGAUUUGAGGGCGUGCACCAUGCUCUGCGACUCCGGACGGGUGUCGGCGGAGGCCUCAGGAUUUGUCACAGCAGAGUUGGCGGCUUUCUCGGAGUCUGUCCCAGCGCUUCUUCUAUGAACAUGGGCCUUGCAAACAGCCACGGCCCUCCCAAUGUAAGCCCUCAGCACGCUUCCCAAGCUCUGAUUCAGCGACCACAAGAUCCGUGUGAGUGGCGUCUGGUACGGACAGUCAAGGAAAAACAGCGGGAGUGCGGUGAACGUUCCAUAGACGGAGACGAACAGGAGCAAAAGAGCAGAGGAGAUGCCCAUGAUGAUGUUGUUGACGGGCACCAGAAAGGCAACUAGACCCGCAAAGAACAGGACCAGUGCCCCAUGCAAGAGAACCGGGGGAAUGCCGACGACGGCAUGCAUAUUGAAGCGGCGUAAGCCG